UUCCUGGGCGCGCCCGGGCCGGCCAUGGCGCUCAACAAUUUCCUCUUCGCGCAGUGCGUCUGCUACUUCCUGGCCUUCCUCUUCAGCUUCGUGGUGGUGGUGCCGCUGUCCGAGAACGGCCGCGACUUCCGCGGCCGCUGCCUGCUGUUCACGGAGGGCAUGUGGCUGAGCGCCAACCUGACGGUGCAGGAGCGCGAGCGCUUCACGGUGCAGGAGUGGGGCCCGCCGGCCGCCUGCCGCUUCAGCCUGCUCGCCAGCCUCCUCUCGCUGCUGCUCGCCGCCGCGCACGCCUGGCGCACGCUCUUCUUCCUCUGCAAGGGGCACGAGGGCUCCUUCCUCUACGCCUUCCUGAACCUCCUGGUCAGCGCCUCAGUGGUCUUCCUUGUCUUCAUCGCCAGCACCAUUGUGAGCGUGGGCUUCACCAUGUGGUGUGAUGCCAUCACCGAGAAGGGUGCCGUGCCCCACAGCUGCGAAGAGCUCCAGGACAUCAACUUGGAGCUCAACGUGGACAACUCUGCCUUCUAUGACCAGUUUGCCAUCGCCCAGUUCGGCCUCUGGGCCUCGUGGCUGGCCUGGCUGGCUGUCACCGUCCUGGCUUUCCUGAAGGUCUACCACAACUACCGCCAGGAGGACCUGCUGGACAGCCUGGUCCACGAGAAGGAGCUGCUGCUGGCCAGGCCGUCGCCCCGUGCCUCCUUCCAGGAGGAGAAGAGCGCCGUCAUCUAGGGCUCUCCUGC